CGUUUCUAGCUUUACACUUCCGCCGUUCCAUGUGUUGGAUUUCGUUCACAGGAACACACAGAAAUGGCUACUAAACGUGAAAACGAAGAGAAUAUUACCGAGUCUGUGACAAAAGCAAAGAAAGGCAAAACAGACGAAAGCGAGUUUAGUGGCACUGUUUUUAAAUCCAUGCUGAAGGAUUCAUCUGAAGCACAGAAGGGUUUGGCAACCUUCAUAAGAGUCGCAAAGACUCUUCCGUGUGCAGAACUGUAUGAUGUUGUUGAAGGCUACAUUAAAAUCUCUGCCGAAUGUUCGGAAAUUUUUGCAUUGCUGGAUGAAGAAAAGCCAGAGAAGGAGAUGAUGCUGAUAUUUCAGUGUCUAGAAAUGAUAUUACUGCGGACGGCCAGUGAUCUCUCUCAGUUCAGCAUGGUGGGCGCCAACAUAGUUAGGAGGAUUGUGUCCAAGCACAUGACGCUUCUGCAGUCCAGUCUAUAUUCGAAAAAUUACAGGUUUGUCCGCCAGUGUCUGAGUCUACUGUCCGCUCUGGUGUCUCAGAGUGCAGACGCUGCACGAGAUGUAUUCGGUCAAAUGCAGUUCGGCAAAGAUCUGUGUCAACUCGCUCGAAAAAGAGACAAAUCGGGAAAGUCAGAUGUUAGAAUGGCUUUCAUUCAGUUUGUCCUUUCUUUCCUGAUGUCUGGAGACAAUACAACUAUUGGCCAGAUUCUGGACACUAAAGAAUUAUCUGAAAUCUUGAACAGUGGACUUAAAGAAGAUCGACUGUCCAUCAUAAACCUGAUUCUGUCAACCCUCCAGACUAAAGUUGUGCAGAACAAGACAAUCACAAAAACUCAGAAAGUGCGUUUCUUUAGCGCUUCCAUACUGGCACAGAUCGCUUCUCUUUAUAGAUGGAACGGGAUUGUGGACGUCAGUGUGGAUGAGGAGGAGAAGGUUGAAGAAGGAGGGAAACAUAUAAUGAGGGAGCUGGUGCAUAACUUCCUGAUGGAUCUCUGCUGCUCUCGGAAACAUGGGAUCAGUUUUCAUGACCCGAGCUUGGGCACCGCUGGAAAAGUAGGAAACCUUGUUCUGCUGCAGUUUCUGGUGCGUCUGAAGCAGGCGACAGAGGACGAGAUGGUUGCGGAGCUGGUUGUUAAUGUUCUGAAGGGAAGUCCUGAUAUACUGAACCGAUACUUCAAGGAAACCCAGUGUUCAUUCGCACCACGAAACAACAAGACCUGGCAGGACAACAUCAGUCUACUCAAGAAAAUCUAUGAGGUUCAGCCAGUGGUGUCCAAGGCUUUCCAGAUGAAUGAAAUGGUCCCUUUCCCUCGUCUGCUGUCUAUGGUGUUGGUCACGUCUCUUCCUCCAGUGUGCAAUAAAGUCUUCUUCACUCAAGGUCUUAAUGUACACAGCUUGGUGGUCCAGCACACAACACUUUCGCUUCUGGCGUUCAUUCUCAAGCGAGCUCAGCAGAAUAUUGAAUACUGUCUGGACAGAACAGUCUGGGAGACCUCAGAUAUUUACAGCCCUGCUAUGAUGGAGGAGUUUGUGCAGCUUUACAGAGAGGCGCUGAGCAAGAUUCUGCCAGACAUGGUGUCCAUUGUUUCCAUCUGGCAGUUGCACUCAAAGGAGAAAGAAGAUGCUGCGAAGAUGAAGAACAGAAAACAAAAACAGAGCCAAGAACACUCACAACAGGAUGAUCCACACCUCAUCCUGGUCAAAGCUCUGCUUCUUCAAGUCAUGUGUUUAUAUCAGAAAGUGGUUCCUCACCUUGUCACCCAGAGCAGAUUCGACUUCAGCAAACUUCUGAAAGGUAUUGUGACGGAGAGUGGGAUGACACAGGAAGUUCCUCCAGUUUUGCAGUACCAGAUUCUACAACUGGCUCUUGAACUUCCUGCAAGCAAAUUCUCCUGGUUUCGUGUUCAGGAGAUGGCAAAUCCAGAUUUUGAAAAAGGAGAGAAAUCUGUCAUCUAUUUGUUACUCAAGAUGUUUGUAAGUAGUAACAAUAGUUACUUGAAGACCUCAAGCAGGAUGCUGGUUCUAAAGGUG